UGCGUUCGUGUACGUGUACGUGUACGUGAUUGUGUUCGCGGGGGUGCAAGUUAUGAGCUCGUGUUGUCACUGUGCCUGCUCUGCAAUGGACAUUUUCACCUCGCCACUGUAAAUUAAAACAGGAAGAUUACAUUUAGGUGACAUCUGCACGACCAAGCAAGUGCAGACCACUGUGGCAGCUCGGUCCCCUUGCAGAUUAUUCAACACAGGCUGCAGGACUUGAGAAAUAUAAACGGACGACAGGAAGGGGGAAACAUCCGAAAUUGUUUGCAGAGUAUUCUCACCGUGGUAAGAUUUAAAAAAAAAAAAAACACGCACACAAACUGGGCGUUUUGGAGUCGCUAGUUUGCGGACACGGUGAUGCUCCGGCGAGGCGCAGCAACAGAAGAGGGAAGAGACAGAACUCAAGAGAAGCGAACGGAGAGAGGGCGAGUGGGCGACUGGCACCUGCUCCACCUGACCCAUCUGGUGCGUGCAUGUAUUCCGCUGUCAUGGCAACGGUGGGUCCACUUCUCACAUUUUUUCUCCUGCUGCUUCAUUUGGCUGAUGGCUCAUUCCCAGAGGAGCCCAGUCCACUCGGCUAUGUCCCUCUGGAGGUGGUGAGAAGGUAUCCGGUGUUCCUGGGCAGAGCUCACCGUUCAGCACAGAGACAGGAGCUGCACAUCCAAACGGUGCUACAAGUCAAUCGAACACUCUACAUAGGAGCCAGAGAUGAUUUAUACCGGGUGGAACUGGACAACAUGGCGGGUGAUGAGAUGUUCUACAGCAAGAAACGGACAUGGGAAUCCAACAAAAACGACAUUCGAGUGUGCCGAAUGAAGGGGAAACAUGAGGGAGAAUGCCGUAAUUUUGUCAAGGUUCUUCUCCGGCAGCAUGGAGGCCUGUUUGUGUGCGGAACCAACGCCUUCAACCCGCUGUGUGCAAACUACACCAGAGAUACUCUAGAAAUGGUGGGAGAGCCCGUGAGCGGAAUGGCGCGCUGCCCGUAUGAUCCGCGGCAUGCCAACGUGGCUUUAUUUGCAGAUGGAAGUCUUUUCACUGGUACCGUGACAGACUUCCUGGCCAUCGACGCGGUGAUCUAUCGCAGUCUCGGCGACAGCCCCGCCCUGCGCACGGUCAAACACGAUUCCAAAUGGUUCCGAGAGCCCUACUUUGUGAGCGCCAUGGAAUGGGGCUCUCACAUUUAUUUCUUCUUCAGAGAAAUGGCCAUGGAGUUUCAUCAUCUAGAAAAGGUCAUGGUGUCCCGCGUGGCUCGCGUGUGUAAAUCCGACCUCGGCGGCUCUCAGCGUGUCCUCGAGAAACAGUGGACCACCUUCCUGAAGGCUCGGCUCAAUUGCUCCGUGCCGGGAGACUCGCACUUCUACUUCAACCUCCUGCACGCCACGAGCGGCAUCAUUCGCAUGCAAGGGCGGGACGUCAUUUUGGGCCUUUUCUCCACACCCCCAAACAGCAUCCCCGGUUCUGCCGUGUGCGUGUUUGACAUGCAGCAGCUCGCUCACGCUUUCGAGGGACGCUUCAAGGAACAGAAAUCCCCAGAGUCCAUUUGGACUCCGGUACCAGAAGAAGCCGUUCCCAAACCCAGACCUGGAGGAUGUGCAGUCCAAGGAUCCCGAUUUAGUUCCUCCACCACGCUGCCAGACGAGGUGUUAAAUUUUGUCAAAACCCACCCUCUGAUGGACGAGACGGUCCCGCUGCUGGGGCACAGACCCUGGGUGGUCAAGACUAUGGGCCGGUACCAGCUGACAGCAAUGGUGGUGGACACCGACGCCGGACCCUACAGGAACCGCACGGUUUUGUUCCUGGGCUCCACCCGAGGGACGAUUCUCAAGUUUCUGAUGAUUCCCAACGGGGAUUCCAUGUCCCACAGCAGUGUGUUCUUGGAGGAGGUAGAGGCUUUCAACCCCGAGAGAUGCGGUGAGGAUUCACCGCAGGCCCGCCAGCUCUUGUCUUUGACGUUGGACCGUACCAGCCACACUCUACUGCUGGCCUUCCCGUCCUGCCUGGUCCGUGUGCCCACAUCCCGUUGCCACCUGUACUCCCGUUGCAUGAAGAGUUGCCUCGCCUCCAGGGACCCGUACUGUGGCUGGACCAGAGGCAGCACCUGCUCCUUCCUUAGACCAGGAACCAGGCUCCCAUUUCAACAAGACGUGGAAUACGGAAACACCGCCUCCCAAUUAGGAGACUGUGAUGGCAUCCUGCAGCAGAGUCUCCUCAUCGAACCCGAGAGUCUGGUCUCGCUCAAUCUGCUGGUGGCUUCGGCGGUGUCGGCGUUCACCAUCGGGGCGGCGCUCUCGGGCUUCGCCGUCUGCUGGAUCAUGGCCCGCAAGCCCAGGAGCCGUCGCCAUGGCAACGCCGCUCAGUCGUCCAUCCGCCGGCGAGAAAGGGGCCUGUUGAGCAAAGCCGGCGGAAUGGGAGGCUCCGUGCUCAGCGUGACGCGGCAGGGGGGCGGAGAGCGCACCUGCACCCAGGGCGGGGAGACCCUCUUGGUGAUGCCCAACGGGUGGGUCAAAUCCGGGGAGCUGGACCCCGGUUUCCUCCCCACCCCGGAGCACACGCCCCAGCAGAAACGAAGAGGCCUGCGCCUGUCCGACUCCAACUCCGGGGGGUGGGACACCAGCCAGACCUACUUGGGGGGUGGCUCGGUGGGUUUGGGCUCCCCCUGUCGAAUGCCCCCCUCGGUUUAUCUGACCACCAGACUCUUCCAACAGGGGGGAGGCGGCCGGCACGGCUGCGAGGGCCGGGGGAGCGACGCCCCCCGGCAGCAUUACGUUUGCUUGAGCAGGCAGGAGAAAGGAGGAAAGGGGACGCCCAAAGGCCCCUUGAGGAAGUCGGCGGGGGAAUACGUGUACCCCAUGACCCCCCAGGACUCGCCCGAGCGUCGGAGGGUGGUCUCGGCGCCCGGCGCGCCGGCCGAGUGCGGCGAGCCUCUGCCGUUGCGCUGGCCGGCCCCGGAAGGCUACAUCCUCGGCGGCCACGCCGCCGUGCCCGCGGUCCCCUUGCCCCCUCCCUCGAUGCCUGCCCACAGCGCUCAGACGUACGCGUCCCAACAGCACACGCCGGCUCUCACCAGGGCCCUCCUGAGGGGGGCUUUGGAGCGAGGGGAGCUGGGGGAGCUGAUGGACCUCAGCCAGCUGAUGAGUAAGAAGAACUGCAAUGACAGGACUCAGGCUGGCCGCUGAGGGGGGUCGGGGGGGGGGGGGGCGAAUACCUACGCGGGCAUGGUUCCGUUGACUUGUCUUGAGCCUGAUCCGAUACCCCGCCACCGUUCUCGUCGCUGGAUCUUUUUCCUUCGUUGUCAUUCAAGCCCUCCGUCUCAGGCAACCCAACCCCCCCCUCCCCUCCCCCAGUGGUGAGGCUCUCGUUACCACUGGCUAGUGCGCCUGCCAAUCUUUUUGCUGGCUCGCACUAAUUGGUCAUAUGGACGGAGGUCAUUGCGCUGCAGAGCUGCCAAACACUCUGCAGAUCUGCAGGCAGAGGGCACAAGAAGAAGAACAAAAAAAAAAAGGACGGCACUUGGAAGCUGCUGUGCACGCAAGGGGGGGCAAACGAACAAAUCCUGGGAUGCAA